GCCUUGGAAUCCUGCCAAGCCUGGGGAGCCUUUGCCCAUGCCAACCCCUCACCCAGUGUUGCCAUUCUGCCCAUCUCCACAGCCGCAGGAACACCUGUGGGCCUGGAACUGGGGUAUCUGUUCCUAGGAUCCCUCUUAUCUACUCAACUACACUGCGUGUUUCGGGUGGUGAAACUGAGGCACAGGUAGCUCUGGCCUCCUCUUGGCCUCAGGCCUCGUUUUGCUCCUCCUCCACUGGGCUGAGUUCUAGUCCCUGCUGUGAGGCUGGAAAAAUCACCGCUUGAGUCAGGGCCUCUGUUGCUAUUUCUGUCCGUGAGAAAUUCUUCGGAGUACCUCCACUUGGGAAGCAGUCUGGAAGAAACGGGUCGCGGUUCCUUUAAGCGGCCCGAAGGGGCGCUCUCCAGCCUUUUGUUAGAGAGGCGGUGGCGCGCGCGUCAGCGUCAACGCCCGCGCUUGCGCACUGAGGGCGGCCUGGUCCUUUGCGGCGGCGGCUGAAGAGCCCGGAGGCGGCUCUAGCACCUGAUCUGUCCGCCCUUCGCCGCCCGGUCUCGGCUGUUCUCGGCUCGGCAAGGUUCGGCUCCUCCUCAGUCCUCCCGAUCCCUUGCAGCUCGGCCUCGGCCGCCCGCCUCCGCCGCCGAAAUGAUGAUGAUGGCGCUGAGCAAGACCUUCGGGCAGAAGCCCGUCAAGUUCCAGCUAGAAGACGACGGAGAAUUCUACAUGAUCGGCUCUGAGGUGGGAAACUACCUCCGUAUGUUCCGAGGUUCUCUGUACAAGAGAUACCCCUCACUCUGGAGGCGACUAGCCACUGUGGAAGAGAGGAAGAAAAUAGUUGCAUCGUCACAUGGUAAAAAAACAAAACCUAACACUAAGGAUCAUGGAUACACAACCCUGGCCACCAGCGUGACGCUGUUAAAAGCUUCAGAGGUGGAAGAGAUUCUGGACGGCAAUGAUGAGAAGUACAAGGCCGUCUCCAUCAGCACGGAACCCCCCACCUACCUCAGGGAACAGAAAGCCAAGAGGAACAGCCAAUGGGUGCCCACCCUGCCCAAUAGCUCCCACCAUCUGGAUGCUGUGCCCUGCUCCACGACCAUCAACAGGAACCGCAUGGGCCGGGACAAGAAGAGAACCUUCCCUCUGUGCUUUGAUGACCACGACCCAGCUGUGAUCCAUGAGAAUGCCUCCCAGCCUGAAGUGCUGGUCCCUAUCCGGCUGGACAUGGAGAUCGACGGGCAGAAGCUGCGAGAUGCCUUUACUUGGAACAUGAAUGAGAAGCUGAUGACUCCUGAGAUGUUUUCAGAAAUCCUCUGUGAUGACCUGGAUUUGAACCCUCUGACAUUUGUGCCAGCCAUCGCCUCUGCCAUCAGGCAGCAGAUAGAGUCCUACCCCACAGACAGCAUCUUGGAGGACCAGUCAGACCAGCGUGUCAUCAUCAAGCUGAAUAUCCAUGUGGGAAACAUUUCGCUGGUGGACCAGUUUGAGUGGGACAUGUCAGAGAAGGAGAACUCACCAGAGAAAUUUGCCCUGAAGCUGUGCUCAGAGCUGGGGCUGGGUGGGGAGUUUGUCACCACCAUCGCGUACAGCAUUCGGGGACAGCUGAGCUGGCAUCAGAAGACCUAUGCCUUCAGUGAGAACCCCCUACCCACUGUGGAGAUUGCCAUCCGGAACACAGGCGAUGCUGACCAAUGGUGCCCACUGCUGGAGACUCUGACAGACGCUGAGAUGGAAAAGAAGAUCCGAGACCAGGACAGGAACACAAGGCGUAUGAGGCGUCUUGCCAACACUGCCCCAGCUUGGUAACCAGCCUGUCUGCGCAUGGCUCCCACGGAGCAUUGAGAAGAUCGGACCGCCUCUCCUUCAUCUUCUGGCAAGGAGGGAGGCAAAGGGGCAGGCCGGGGCCAUCCUGAGGAACAUGGGGUGUGGGGAGGGCUUCUGGUCACCCUCCCCUGGGCACAUUCCAUUUGUUGAGCCCAGUCCCCAUCCAAGUCUCUGGUCAGAAAGAGGCCUCGUUUUGGGUUAUGUUUUGUUUUUGUAUAGGAGCCCCAGGCAGGGCUAGCAACACUUUUUAAAUAAAAGACAACAGGUCAUGUUCCAUUUUUUUUAAA